AUGAGGUGGUACUGCGUGAGACCUGCGUGUCUACCGUUUGACGAGGUGAAGGACAUGCUGGUGCCGGAGAAGUGCCGGUCGGCCGCGGAGAUGGACGGGGUGUCGGAGCUACCCGACGGCUUUAGAGAGGCCACCAUAACGUGCUUGGAGUUCAUCAACGAGCAGUGCUGCGGAUUUUGGGUAAAGGGACGUGAGUCUCAAACAACGAACAGCGGCUCAAUCUCUCGUUGGGCGAGAAACUACGGUAUCCCCGGGGGCUCCGGGUGUGCUCGCGGCGGGCACCCUGCCGUUGCCCCUAGGGCGCACCGUGUGAUUCUAUUUAGUAUACGUGCGUCCGUAUGCGGACAAGGCGGACCAAUUGGAUGCCGCGACUCUGGCCAAGCUCGACGAGGUCGCCAGGGGCUCCGCCGCGCGAGGCGGUCGAUGGGCGCCAGCGCCGCCGGCGGCGGUGGGGGUGGUUCCUCCUCUGCCGGUGCCGGCGGCGGCGGCGGCGGCGGGGCGGACGGGGACGAGGAAGACGAUAACGAUAGCGGGGACAACCGGGGGGGGGGGCGCGGGGGGGGCGGAGGGGGUAUGGGCAGCGGGUCGUCGUCUUCGUUUACCUCUCUGCCGGCGAGGACCCCGCCGGCGCUCCUCAUUCCGCGACGGACAGAUUCGGGGCACGGCGGGGAUAGCCCCGUCCUGCCUCCCCCCGAAAAGGUGCCAAAGCUCGACGACGGCGAGGACGAGGACGACGACGGUAGAGCGGGCGGAUCGGCGGGGGCUGCUGCGGGGGCCGCCGGCGCCUCGCCGCAUUCCGCCGCCGGCGACUUGCUCUCUCUCCCUGGAGCUCCACCCGACGAUAUUUACCACUCGCCUUUCGCGGGUAGCAGCCCGCUGGGCGGCUUGGGAGGCGCGGCGGCGGGGGUGGCCGGGGGGGGGGGUCAGGGGGCUGCUGGGUCGCCGCUUUUGUUUGACGACCCCGGCUCUGGUUUCGGGCACAAGGGUCCGGCGGAUGACGCGACCGGGGGCGCCGGUGCCGCUGGCGCCGCCGCUUUACAGAUGCCGCUGUCCGGGAUGCCCGGGAAGGGGAUGGCGGUGUCGUCACCUGGGGCCGGCGAAGCAGCAGCAGCAGCAGCAGCAGCUGCGGGGACGGCGCUCGGGUUGUCUGGGCUCGAGGGGUUUCCCGCUUCUCCAGACCCGGCACCGUUGCCGGCCGACGAAGAAGUCGGGGCGGGCGGCGGCGGCGUCGGCGAGUUGGGAGCUUCGGCGGGGGGGCCGAGCUCUCUCUUGGGCCACGACGGCGCGGAAGCGGACGAUCCCGUCGCCUCCGCCUUGCGAGGCAUCGGCGACGACGUCGAUCUCAUCGGGGGGAGUGACGAUCCAUACGGCGGUACGUCGGCGGCGGCCUCGCACGCCGUCGUUCCGCCGACCGGCGGCGGCGGCGGCGGGAUGGGGGGGGGCAUGAUGGGGCUUGCCACCACCGCGGAGCACCCGACACCGGUAGCACCCGCAGCGCUGGCAGCACAGGCUGCACCCGCAGCAGUUUCGACACCGCCGCCGCCAAUGGCACCGCCGGCACCCGCGGUCUUGUCUCCGCCACCCGCAACAGCAGCAUCCACGGCGGCGUUAACACCGCCGGCGGCGGCAUCCCCAGUUUUGUUUCAGCCGGCGGCGGCACCCGCGGCUUCGCCGUUGCCGACGACACCACCGUCGACAACGGCGACCCCUACGACCGGCGCAGCAGCGGCAGCAGCGGCGGCGGCGGCGGCGGCGGCGGUCGGCGCGUUCACGGCACCACCAGCCGCUGCGGGUGGAGUGGGACUCGAGGCGGCGGCGGCGGCGGCGGCGGCGUCCCCAGGGAUAGGAGGUGGUAGCAGCGCCGCUGCGUCGUCGGCCCUCGCUCCCGAGACAGCGGCAGCAGCGGAGGGGGGUCCGGCGACCGACGCACCGCAAGCCGGCACGGGAUUGCGGGAGAGUUUAAGCACGGGUCCCCCAGGCACGCUCGCGACGACACCAAGCCUCCUCCCACCCCCAGCAGCUGCGGGGGCGGGGGCGGCCGGUGGUGUCGGGGCAACUGCGGAGGAAAGCCCCUCGUUGCCGCCGGGGGACUCGUCGAGUGCGAGUCCGGGCCCGUCGGGGACCUAA